AUGGACCUAGCCAAAGCAGGCAUUACAGCAGCUGGAGGCGCUCCCGACAACGUUCACUUCAAACGCUUCUUCGGCAAGCAAGAUGCAGACGACACAGAAGCCAUUCAAAAGACCAUGGCAAAUAUGUACGACACCACAGCAGACUCGGCUACGGAAACCAUUAAGAAAAUGGUCCUUGAGCGUUCUGACUUCGGCGACCAUUGUGAGAAAGACGGUUGGUUCGCGUACACAACUCCCACCGAUGGACACUUCCACCUGUGUCCCAAAGCAAUUGCCCUGAAGCAGAAUUCGGAGACCGAAUGUACGGAUUUCAAGCGAGACUACAUCGACAACACGGCGAGGACGCUGUCUUUUGUCAUGCUACACGAGUUCACGCACUACGAUUUUGUGGCCGACGACAGGAUUGGUGGUAUCAUUGAUAACGCUAUAACUUCUGUCAAUUGCUUCAACCUUGACGAUGAUGAGAAGCUCAACAACGCUCAGAGCUACGCGUUCAACGGCGCAGUAAGUCUCUGUCUCUAA